AUGGGUCGUAUGAAUGUAGCAGUAAUUCGUUAUAUGGAACGGGAACACUUCCAGAUUCUUAUUGCGGUUGAAAUGGGGAUGAAGAAUCAUGAACUGGUUCCUUUGGAAUUGAUUGGAUCAAUUGCUAGAAUACACCGCGGUGCUGUUGCACGUACUCUUAAUGAUCUAGCAAAGUGUGGCGUCGUUGCACAUGAACGUGGGAAGCGGUAUGAUGGUUAUCGUUUAACGACACUUGGUUACGAUGUGCUUGCUCUGAAAGCCCUCAAUGCUCGGGAAGUAGUUGGAGCGGUUGGUAAUCAAAUAGGUAUUGGCAAGGAAUCUGAUGUUUUUGUUGGUGGUGACCCAAAGCUUAAUGACUUGGUGUUGAAAUUCCACAGAUUGGGAAGGACGUCAUUUCGAAAGUUGAAAGAAAAAAGGGAUUAUCACAAAAAGCGGAAAUCAUGCUCUUGGCUUUAUCUUUCAAGUCUAGCUGCAGCAAAAGAGUUCGCGUUCCUGAAAGCACUACACAAUCACAAUUUCCCACUUCCAAAACCAAUUGAUAGAUGUCGUCAUGUGGUUGUUAUGGAUUUAAUCAAGGGUACAACACUUUGCCAUGUGCAACAAUUAAACGAUACAGAGGGACUAUAUGAAAAACUGAUGAAUAUUAUCGUGCGCUUAGCGCGUUAUGGGCUUAUACAUGGUGAUUUCAAUGAAUUUAACAUUAUGUUAACUGAAGAAGAAGAACCAGUGUUGAUCGACUUGCCGCAAAUGAUCAGUACUGAUCAUCAAAAUGCGCAAUUUUACUUUGAGAGGGAUGUAAACUGUGUCCGGACUUUUUUUAAAAGACGAUUUAAUUAUGAGAGCGAAUUGUAUCCGAAGUUCGAGACAAUGACGAGGAAAUACUCUCUUGAUGUUGAAGUAAAUGCUAGCGGGUUUACUCCUCGCAUGUCUAAAGCUUACGACAAGGCAGUGGAGAAAGUGCGGGAGGAUGAUGAUUCUUCAACUAUUACGGGUGAAGAUGGUAAUAGCGGAAAGUCAUCUGAUUCUCCGACUGAAAACGAUGAGUCAAAUGAAAAUAUGCCCAAUAACGGUUGCAGUAAUAGGCUUAAGGAAUGGAUAAAGAAUGCUCGCAAUGAAUUGGAAAAGCUGAAUGUUAACAGUUGUGAAAUGUUGGAUGACUGCUCAUAUAGCAAGAAUUCUGAAAUGUUGGAUGACUGCUCAUAUAGCACGAAUGAAAAGCAAGUUAUUUCGAAUGAUUCUACUGAAAGCUCUUCAAGGCCUGCAAAUAAUUUGUUGCAUGAAGGACGAAUCGAAACAUCGCUUGAAAAUAGGGUGAUUACGAAAUCUGUUUUCAGCAUGAGGUCAACAAUAGCACCAGAGGUAAUCCGAAAGCGCGUUGCUGCAGAAAUGAAAGCAAAGCAAAAGAAACAUUUUCGAGUGAAAGGGAAGGCCAAUGCAUUAGUUCGAGUGAAAAAAACCAACGCAAAGAUUAUUAAGGAAUGUUCUGGAUGGGAUUUUUGA